UUUAAGGGAGACCAGUUCGCUGCGGCUCCUCUUACAGUGGGAUGCGCAAUCCAACGAGGGAACGUGCCCCACCCGCUGUCAACACGCGAGCCUUUCUAGCCACUAGGGCCUCGGAAUGAGGUGGUGCCACGUAGCGACGCGAGGAAUGGGAAUAGGGAGAAAGCAGCCUAUCGGUGGGUCGAUCUCCCGUCCUUCAGGUUUGAAUUUUCGCUGAAGGCAGCUUCGUUUUCCAAGUCAUCUUGGCGUGGACUUACACCAAAUAUCUUAAAGUCACGCUCCAAACAAUGUUUUUAGAGAAAGGCGAUACUGGCUGGUGGUCAGGCCUUGUUUUUCUCACCCAAGGAAACUUGCGCCCCUCUUCCGCGGCCUGGCUCCGCCCAUUGCUAAGUAGAGAAGGGGCUGGGAAUUCUUCCUCUUCACCAGCGCCCUCACCAUCCCACUCUCCACGUUUGCAGUUUGGGGAAGCCGGGAUUUCAGCCGAACUUGCUCUUGAAUGUUCUCCUCGUUGGGCUCGCUCCUCGCAAUAGAUACGCCGAGAAUGCUGCCGACCCGGAGGCAGCGACACCACUGCUGCUCGCCCCUACUCCUUGCCUUGCUAGUUAGUUGCGUAGCAUGCCAGGCUCCGCCGGUGCCGGCUGGGGAGACCCACUGGGAUGGAAAAAACGUGUGGAUCGAGCGCAAGUACGUGCCGGACAAAUGCCUGCGCACCGUUAUUUCCGGCGACUUCGUACGUUACCAUUACCAUGGUACUUUGUCGGACGGCAAGAAAUUCGAUUCCAGCUAUGACAGGGGCUCUACAUUCAAUGUUUUUGUGGGGAAAAAUCAGCUUAUUGCUGGGAUGGAGAAGGCUCUGCUUGGCAUGUGUGUAAAUGAAAGGCGAUUUGUAAGGAUUCCAUCCCAUCUUGGAUAUGGAAAUGACGGAGUUUUCAGUGUAAUUCCUGCAAAUUCAGUUCUGAAUUUUGAUGUUCUUCUGGUUGAUGUUUGGAAUUCUGAAGACCAAGUUGAAAUUCAGACUUAUUACAAGCCAGAAAAUUGUACAAGGACAAUUCAGGUGUCUGAUUUUGUAAGAUACCAUUAUAAUGGAACAUUUUUAGAUGGAACACUAUUUGACUCAAGUCACAAUAGAAUGCGAACGUAUGACACUUAUGUAGGAAUUGGAUGGUUAAUCCCUGGAAUGGACAAAGGUCUUCUUGGAAUGUGUGUAGGAGAAAAGCGCAUAAUCACAGUACCACCUUUCUUGGCAUAUGGAGAAGAUGGAGAUGGGAAAGAAAUACCUGGUCAAGCUUCCCUUGUCUUUGAUGUAGCUCUUCUAGAUCUACACAAUCCUAAAGACAGGGUUAAUAUAGAAAAACUGUAUGUGCCAAAGUCCUGUGAACGUCAAACCCAAAUUGGAGACUUCCUCAGAUAUCACUAUAAUGGUACCCUUCUUGAUGGAACAGUGUUUGAUUCCAGUUACUCACGAAAUCGAACCUAUGACACCUACAUUGGCAAAGGUUAUGUGAUUGCUGGAAUAGAUGAAGGUUUGCUUGGAGCAUGUGUUGGAGAGAAAAGGAGAAUAAUAAUACCACCUCAUGUUGGGUAUGGAGAAGAGGGAAGAGGAAACAUUCCAGGAUCUGCUGUGUUGGUAUUUGAAGUUCAUGUGAUAGAUUUUCACAAUCCUUCGGAUUCAGUUGCUGUUACAACCUAUUACAAACCUACUAACUGUUCAGUGCUAAGCAAGAAAGGUGAUUACUUGAAGUAUCAUUACAAUGCUUCUCUCCUAGAUGGCACUUUAUUAGAUUCAACGGUUAGCCUUGGAAAAACAUAUAAUAUAGUUCUAGGUUCUGGACAAAUUGUAUUGGGAAUGGAUAUAGGUCUCAGAGAGAUGUGUGUGGGAGAAAAAAGAACAGUUGUUAUUCCCCCUCACUUUGGUUAUGGAGAAGCCGGAGUUGAAGGAGAAGUUCCUGGAAGUGCUGUAUUACUGUUUGACAUCGAGCUGCUUGAUUUAGUAUCUGGCUUACCAGAAGGCUAUAUGUUUGUGUGGCAUGAUGAAGUAUUACCAAACCUCUUUGAAGAAAUAGACAAGGAUAACAAUGGAGAAGUUUUUCUAGAAGAAUUCAAUAAAUAUAUCCACGACCAAGUCAAUUCUGGCAAAGGAAAGCUAGCCCCUGGUUACAAUUCUGAAACAAUUGUGAAAAAUAUGUUCAACAAUCAGGACCGAAAUGGAGAUGGCAAGAUUACUUCUGAAGAAUUCAAAUUGAAAGACCAGGAGCCACAGGGACAUGAUGAACUGUAACUUAGUUGGAUUUUAAAAACUUUUAUGAACUGAACUGAUGUUAGAAAUAAUCUGAAAUCCCUAUGCGUAGUUAAAAAAAAGGAUGUGGAAAUGAAUAUGUCUUGAUGUUAAUAAAGAUACAAUAAGGUAUAAAAUUAAGAUUUUUUAAUUAAGACAUUUAUAUUAAAAAUGCAAGGUGCCUUAAAAUGCUUUUUUAAGAUUUUUAAAAAUAUAAUCCCACCAUAGUGACAUAUUCAGCUUUUUUUCAGAGAUGUGAAUAUUCUGGAAAAGAAACUGAAACAUUUUCAAAUGCAAAUUAAUAUGUUUCACAUUUGUGUAUCUUUUCAAUAUUUAUAAUAUUUGGACUGCAUUAUUUGAAGUGAAAAAAAUGUCCUAAACUUGAAUAUUAUUUCAGAAACAAAACUGGUAAAGCCUGACAUCAGGUUAUCUGAGUUAAUGAGGCUUCAUCACUUUCUUGUCUUAGGAGGUUUCUGCAAAUGGUUUUUUAUUUGUUCAGGACAUUUUCUACAUUGCGGUUACUUUGAUUUCAUGGCAUUUUUGGCACACUUUUGCCUGUAAUACUUGUGCUUGCCAGUUUUCUUAUUGUACUGUGUUACAUCUUUUUAGAUUAGCCAUUGUGAUUGAAGCUGGGAACAAGUAGAUCAUCAAGGCUGUCUUCUGAGAGGCCAUAGACAAAAAAGGGUACAACACAUGCAAAAUUAUUUACACAGGAAGUAGGACAAUGGGAUCCUUGCUGCUCUUUAAGCUUUGAUGCUUGCAGAUAUUUCAUUAUCCGACUAGGUAACAUCAUUAAUGUUGGAGGUGGGGGUUGCUCCCUGAUUAUAUGCAGUAGCUUGCCCUGCCAGUGUUAAUGGAGAUACAGGGCAAGCUACAGUAUAUAAAUAGGGAGCAAAACCUUCCAUCCACAGACUAGUACUAAUGAUGUUAUCUAGUUGGGUAAUGAAAUGUCCUCAAACAGCUCAGAGAGCACCAAAGACUCCACAAUUCAACCCACAAUUUUGAAGAUUUGAUACAAAGUUACAAACAUGAAUUAAAAUAAUGCCUUUUCCCCCUGGUUUGUUACUUUCUGGUGAUAUGCUACACUAUAACAGUUAAUGGGAAUAAAUUCUGAAAAAAAUGAUAAAUUAUUCGGAAAUCUGUACCUUUUAAAAAUCCAUAUUUGGUGCAUUGGCACUAAAAUCUUACAGUUCCUUAAGAAUUGAAUUAUACUGGUAAUUAAUUUUUACUUCCCUUCUCCUAAAGGAUGAGGUAUUAUCAUUUUAAAGUGAAUAUAGGCAACCUGCAGCCUAGGCAUGUUUUGCACCCAGCCAUAGCUUUCUGGAAGUAUUCCCAUUCUGCUUGUGUUGUCACUUCCAUAGCAAUAAUUAAAAUAGGGUUAUUAACACUACUGCUUAGAUCAUGACUAUAUUAGCAAAUGCUUGUGUUUAAUUGUAGAAAAGAAUUAGAACUCUUAAAGACAAGAGCUAUGGUGUUGGCUGCUCUAUUUUAACCAAAGCAAUAAUCACAAGAUUUAAAUAGUGUGGAACAACUAUUUAAGCAGGGAAAUUAACAAAAUUUGCCAGUAAACUCAACAAAAUCUGGUGAAUGUAGGAUGGAUGUCAAUGAAGCUCUGCUUUUCCACUGCAAAGAAGAAUGACCAAUGGAAUAAAUGUUGCAUAAGUCAUGCUUCUACUGUAUGAAGCUGUUGAUCGAUAUUUAAAAUGUGUGUUUGUCUUUUAUAUAUUUUAGGAAAAAAGAAAUAAAAAUGAAUUGUAAGAAUGUGCAUGAAGUUGCUGAUUGCACCUGGGUAACAACAUGGUCAGUCCAUCUAACUCAAGUAUUUUGAAGUGAUUUUCAAUUCACUCUCUAAUACUGGCUUUGUCAAUAAAAUAUAUUAAAUCAAAUAAUAAAGAAAUUAGGACAAAAAGUUACUAAAGAAGGGAACAUAACACCUCUACCAUGACAUUAAUAAAAAUGUAUAAGUAUAUUCCCUGAGAUAGUGGGACGUAUAAUUGUAGAAAGGGGCUCAUUUUACAGCAUUCCUUUUUAUAAGAAGUACAAUUGUAUGAAUUUUCUAUGUUAUUCUAUGUUAAUUCAUUGUAUGAAUUUUCUAAUACUAUGUUCUGUCAAAUGCAAUGCAUUGUGGUAUUAAAUAAAAUGCCGACAAGUACACUGAACAA